GACUGAACACACACACACACACACACACACACACACACACACACACACACACACACACACACACACACACACACACACACACACACACACACACACACACACACACACACACACACACACAACACAACACAACACAACACAACACACACAUGUAUUAAUACUGGCGGAGACAGAGACUGUUUUCCACUCACCUGCUGACCCACUGAUAGAAAGGCAGAAAAGGGAGAACAGGAAAGGAGUGGAACGAGUGGGAAAGAGGGGUUCUGAUAGAGAGAAAAAGGCAUGGACAGGGAGGCGAAAAAUGAAAAAGAAGAGAACGAUAGAGAGAGAGAGAAGGGUGUGGCGGCGAUGGUAGCUUGUUACCAAGGCUUUGAUCCAGCAGCCUAUCUACAGUAUAACUACAUGCCACCGCGGGCGGACUUUGACCGGCAAGACAGCAUCGUACCCUGGAAACUAGGAUGUCUGCACAGAGCUUUUACCGAGGGUGACGUGGGAGGUGACGUGUUGGUGGACGUGGGUUCAGGGCCCACUCUAUACCAGGUGUUGAGCGGCUGUGAGGUGUUCGACACUGUGUUUCUCACAGACUUCCUGGAGGUGAACAGGCAGGAGCUGAGGCGUUGGCUGCAGGGCGAGGGCUACAGCAGCCUGGACUGGACCCCCUACCUGCAGCAUGUCUGCAAGCUGGAGGGCCGACGCCCUUCAGCGUGGACCGAGAAAGCCGCGCGCCUGCGUUCUGUUGUUUCCGACAUUCUCCCCAUAGACGUGCACCUCCCCCGCCCCCUGCACCCUGACUCCCAGCUCCCCACUGCCGGCGCCGACUGCCUGGUGUCCUGCUUCUGCCUGGAAAGCGUCAGCCCUGACCUGGCCGCCUUCAACAGGGCCCUGGGCCACAUCAGGGGCCUUCUCCGGCCCGGGGGCCACCUGCUCCUCAUCGGGGCCCUGGGUGAGAGCUACUACAUGGGGGGGCCCGGUGUGCGCAUCCCUGUGGUGCCCCUGGAUGAGGCCCAGGUGUGUGCCAGCGUGAGGGCCAGUGGGUACACGUUGGUGAGGCUGGAGGUGUACACGCUGCCCCAGGGCAUGAUGGUGGGGGUGGACGACGUGACGGGCGUGUUCUUUGUGAAGGCCAGGAAGCCAUAGAGGAGAAGGAGGAGGAAAGGAGAGGAGGAAAGGAGAGGAGGAAGGUGGGUAGAGGUGGGAGGGGAGGGAGAGUAGUGGAAGUAGAAGGAGGAUGAGGAUGUGAGAGGUUGGAAGAGACUAGGAUGAGUAAAAGUCGAAAAGAGAUGAGGUCAGAAAGUAAACAAUAGAUGAUGAGGAAGAUACGGAAUUCAAAAAGAGAGGAAGAGGUAGAGGUUGUUGAAAUAGUGAGAAGGCAAACUGUAUUUAAAAAGAGAAGGAGAGAGGGGAAAGAUUGGAUCAGAACAGUGAGGAAGUAAACAAUAAAAUUAGAUUAAAAACACAUAAAGAAAAUAGUAUUUUUAAUGGGAGAAGUGAAAGGGAGAAAGAGUGGGAGAGGAAGAUUGCUAACAAUUUCCACAAUAGAAAUCCAGUUAACAUUUAUGGCCAUUCACUGACAUUUGACUUAAAGAAUAAAAGGUCUACUUCUGCCCCCUGCUGUUGAAAUGAAGUCACUGACGCGUCAUGAUCUUAGUCUUCAUCCCACUGGUUGCAUUUACAUAGGCAGUCCAAUUCUGAUCUUUUGCCCAAUUAUUCGCAAAAGAGCUGAUCUUAUUGGUCAAAAGAAUUGGACUUCCUGUGUAAAUGCAGCCAUUGAGUAUUUGGGUGUGCUCCCAACACAUUCAAAGGCAAUUACUUCAUAGAGCCUGAAUUGGACUAGCUUGGUGGAAGACCCAAGUAUGUUUUCAUACUUGAACUUCGACCUGAGAAGUCAUGUAAAUCUAACAGAGAAGUUAUUUUCUAUGAGGAUUAUGGUUAGUCUUUUAGGGUUAGUCAGCAAUUGGCCAUGUUGUUGGCUGUUAAAAAAAAAUGUGUUAGUUUGUCACAGAAAGGACUUAAUAGGCUUUUAGUCUCAAUUGAGUUUUUUUUUUUUUACAUCAAAAUUCUAUGCUCUCAAACCCAUUAACCAAUCCUUUUGUAUGUUUAAAAUUUAUUUUUUAUUGUCGUCUCUUAUUGUGUUAUGUGUUAUUUUCUCUGGCUACUUUUGGCUUGUUGGUCAAUGUUAACUUGGCUUGUGGCUUCACUGACUUUGCCUGAAGUGAAAUAAAAACGUUAACUGUUA